UCAGGGAAAAACCACUAAAAAAAAUCACUUUUUUAGUGUUUUUAAGUUAACAAAUUAUCUUGAACUUCACAGUUGUACUUUGUUCCUUUAAUUGGGUCCAUAUUGUGCAAGAAAUUCCUCCCACGGUAAAUCACCGGAAUCGGGCCACAUUAGCUCACGUGUCACCAAAUUUCACUUAUCCGAACAAGUUCCUUACUUGUCCAAAGAUCCAUCAAACAUCACAAAUCAAUAAAACCCAUUAUGCACGUCUUUAAAAACACCGAAUUCGAGAAUGAGUGCACCCGAACUCGUCAAUCACGAUUUUAAAACACCGUUCAUAUAAAUACAAACCCGAUACUGGCCCAGUUUAGUCCAAAAAUGGCCACGAAAUUGACCAUUAUUCUAGUGAAACUGACGUUGAUCGUGUCCAUCAAAUGUGACGGUUACUCGUACCCCCAACCCCCAUUUCAACUCGACGACCCUGUAACUUUACCACCCCCAGUGUACCUACCACCCCCGACACCAACAUACUUGCCGCCCCCUCUCCACGACGAACUAAUACCACCCGACGACGGAAUCGUCAUUUCGGCCCCCCCGAACCAGUAUUUACCCCCAGUCAAAACCCCUCUGCAAGUCCUAAACAUGUCGUGUUUGGACUCGCGGGACGGGAGUGGCUUUUUCCGCGCUUUCCUUCGGACGAAUUCCCGGGGUUUCCCCGUGAUGGAUGCGUCAGAGUGUGCUGUAAGCCCGUCGGGGUUGGACGUCUUCCGGGUUGAUCUAGAAGGGCAAAAAAUGGCCGAUUGUGGCAUUAGGACUUGCGGAGUCCGGAUGUGUCUUGUGUUACGUAUGGCCACGAUUCCGGGUUUGAGACUAAUCGACGACCCGCUAGUGACCUUGCAAUGUACCCCGCAGGAAGCGGUGGUGACUCACACCAAACAUUUGCGACUCAAUGGACAACCCUUAGAACAGGGUAGGUCUAAUUCCAAGUCCAUUUCGGUUGCAUCCGGAGGAAAUCAACGCAAAUUCGACAGUGUUGUCACUCUUUGGAGGAAAAAUAACGGGGUUUUUGACCAGCCGGUCCAUCAAGGCAGUGCCGUUCAUCUAGGGGAUGAAUUAAUGUUGCGAACGGCGGUUCGCGAGGGCGAUGGGUGGAAGUCUUGUCGUCUCGGCAGCGUCAUCAUCCGAAGCGCCUCCUCGCAGCGCUCCGUCGUGCUCGUCGACGAGCACGGUUGCCGCAACCCCACAAUCCGCUCGAUCUGCCCCCAACAGCCCCAGCAUACCGCCCCCUUGUCCGUUCAAUUCCCAUUCCGCGCUUUCUUAUUCCAAGGCGCCGCCCCCGCCGACGAUCUUUUACUUUCAGUGCGUAUGUCGGCCUGUCUGCGCCCCCGAGACUGCCAAAGUCGUCUCUGUGAAGAAGGCGUCCGGAAUCGGCGAUCAACCGCCAACCUUUCCGUCGACUGGGAAUCCCAGUUCCAAUUCCGGGUACUUCCCCCCGAUUCACCCGAACCGGCGAAUCCCAAAUGGGCGGUUCUGGGUUUGGGUGUCGCCGUCGUGGUGCUGACAUGCGGCCUCGUGGGGGUAAUGGUCAAGAGAAUUUGAUACAAUGUUGAUGUCAAUAAUUAAUUGACAAAUUGGUUUUUAAUCGUUUUGUUAAUUGCUUGUAAUUGUUUUGUCGUUGUUGUUAAUAAAUCGA